AUGACUGAAGUGAUUAGGAGCCUGGACCCAUCCCUCACAGCCUGGUUGAUAGAAGACACACCAACCAAUGAAAGUGAUGAAGACCUUCCUCCAAUCUGUUACAUUGAUAAUCUGACUCCAAAAGAAUUGACCUUCCUCAUUUCCCUGGUUGGGCUGAUUGGAAAUGCAUCUGUCAUCUGGUUUUSGGGUUUCCACAUGCACAGAAAUGCCUUUUACAAUUACAUCCUAAACCUGGCUGUAGCUGACUUCCUCUAUCUCUGCUUCCAUAUGGCGAAUGUCCUGCGGGGAAUCAUCACAGUCAUCCUUACCAUCCACAGCCCUACAUACGGCAUCAUACCAACCGGGACAAUCAUUUUCUACAUUGCAGGCCUGAGCAUGCUAGGCACUAUUAGCACUGAGCGCUACCUGUCAGUCCUGUGGCCCAUUUGGUACYGCUGCCAUCACCCAGGACACACAUCAGCUAUCAUUKGUACCCUGCUCUGGGCCCUGUUUUUGGUUCUGAGCAUCCUAAAAGUAGUUAUUUGUUUAUAUUUCUAUAUAACUGAAGKUCUUUGUAAAAUAGUUGAAWUUACUAUAGYUGCAUGGCUGGUUCUUUUAUUUGUGGUUCUCUCAGUGUCUAGUGUGGCCCUGCUGGGUAGGAUGUUCUGUGGAUCCCAGAAAAAGUCUCUUAACAGGCUGUUUGUUACCAUUAUGCUCACAGUAUUGGUUUUCCUCUUCUGUGGUCUGCCCUAUGGUAUCUUUUAUUUCCUGUAUUACUGGAUUAAAAAURGUUCUGAUGUAUAUUAUUGCCUUCAUCUGGUUUCCAGUGUUUUGUCCUGUGUUAACAGCUCUGCCAAUCCCAUCAUUUACUUCUUUGUUGGCUCCUAUAGGCAGCGGGUGCAGGGGCGGAACCUCAAGCUGGUGCUUGAGCAGGCUCUGCAGGACACUCCUGAGGAGGGUGAAUGUGGAGGCAGCCUUUCCCAGGGAACACUGGAGAUGUCAGAAGGCAGAGUGGAGCAGGGAUGA